AUGCAACCAGAGCCUACUGCCGUGUCUCAACAUACGCCUCCCGUUGACUCAUACCCAGUCAUUAUUAGUCCCACCCAGCAUGGACAUGACCUCGAUGAAGCUCAACCUCAAGUCUCUGAUUUCCUCGAGCGAGAGGAGAUCAGAGACUAUACGGACGUCCCGAGCAUGUCGACACAAGACGCGUCCUUGAAAGAGGCCGACGGUCGCCAUGCCCCGCCCUCGGCCGAUCGAGUGAGCCAGCAUGAAAAUGCUCGCAUUCCACCCGGACAAGCAGAAAAUGCUGGAUCUUGCUUAGUGGCUUCUAUUGAACAAUCGCAAACAUCUUUAGAAACAUUUCCAAAUGAGGUUCUCACCCAUAUUCUCUCGCAUCUACCACCCCAAUCCUUGUCCGCCAUCACAUUGGUGUCCCGUCGAUUUCAUGCGCUGGUGACCACUCCUCACGCUUGGAGGAUCGCCUUCUCGCGAUUCUUCCCCGGACCCCAUGCCGUUGAGGAUGGUCAGCGUAAUACCGAUGCGGUAGACCUACAGUCGGACAGGCGAUUAUUCGCAAGGCUAACCGCGCUAGCCUCCUGGCGAAGCGAAUACAUCUUGCGUACUCGCUUGAUGCACUCGUUAGCCAGAGGCAAACCGGCGCAGUUCAACCCGUCCAAGAAGCAUGGAACUGUACACACGGCGAGUGCUCGCCAUGGUAGUGCCAUAGCUACGUAUACAUCGCAGCUACUCUUUCCGAUCAGUCAUAUACAUGCCUCUUUCAGGCCGGACAACAACCCCCUCUUCGUCCAUGGAGCCGCAGAGCAAGGGAUUGCGUCAGCUAGUGACCCAUCGACCGUAAAAGUCGGCACCUGGGGUGUCACCGACCACCAAAUGUUCCGCCACUUUGCCGAUCUGUUUCCUGGUGAAGCGCAAUACGGCCUCGGAUCGGGUGAUAUGGUCGGUGUGCCUAACUCGAUGGACGUCAGUCAACCAUAUGGCAUGAUCUAUGGUGAGGGCUGUCCCCAGGGGCGUAGCUAUUUCAUCUCAAAAACGGAGCAGCAUGGUCGUUUCGUGGGAGCUUCGAAUUUGGGUUCUCACCCACCACUCGGCAUACCUGCCGUGAACAUGAUCACACAUGCCGUCUGUUCAGUGUGGAUUGCCAAAUCCCCUCAGAUCCUCAAGAUGACUCAGGGGCUGGUGGGGAUGGUGUCUGGAUCGUCUUCAGGCGUGUUGACCGCUUAUUCUAUAGGCCCUCAUCCAACUUACGAAAGACGAUAUGACCCAGGUCAAGUGACUGCUAGAUGGGUCCUGUGCCCUGGUGUUCCUAUCAUUUCCAUUGCAGUGGACGAUCACUAUUCAGCCCAGCGCCAUUCAGGAAAACGAAUUUGGGCUGUUGCUCUCAAUGCCCUAGGGGAAAUAUUCUACCUCACAGAACUUCCUCGAGCACCUGAGAUCCCACUCACAGCCAAACUCAACGUCGAGCAGCUUGACGAGGUGGCUUGGAAGACUGGUAGAAGUGUGCAUUGGGAGAUGGUUGAAGCAAGCAGACGUGUGGCACGCCCAGACCCCUUCAAUCCUGAGUUGGUCGAUGGAAGCUACAGUCCGCGAUCAUCGUCGGAUUCCAUGGGUCUCAAUGAGCACCAGGUUGCCGCUGAAACGAAGGAGAUUGAAAAUUUCUUUUCUUUGAAACCCAAACACUUCCGCAAGGUCUGCGAAAGCUGGGAUAUGCAACGCGAUCUUAAGGUGGACUUUGCUGGCGAUGACGGGUGCGGGGCAGGCGAGUCAAUCAUUAUCAUCGCUACCGGCUCGGGCGAUGAUACAAAAGCGUCGAUCCGGCGGUUCAUGCGCACUGCUCCUAGGCCUGUCAUUGGCUCAUCGGCCAUGCCAGGACCCCUAUCGGGUACAGUGGAAGCUCCACCGUCACUUUUCGGAGGCCCAGUGGACAUAUCAAGCCCGACUACCACCAGCAGUUUUCCAUCCUCUCGGUCCUCAGGGCUUACGGGAUCGCCUUCGACCAACUUCACGUGGCGUCUGUCGGAUUUUGUUUUUGAUGAUCGCAAGUCUACGGAGGUGAGCAGUAGUGCGUUGGAUACGUCCGCUUUCGCGACUCUCACAGCCGAAGAGGAUCCUCUUCUGGCCAUGUCUAGGAGCUCUAUUUCGUCUGCCACAUCCUCCCCAAUGCUACCACAUAUGGAUCUGCCGCGGUCGGGCCUAGAAAUUCCCGGCCAACGCGCUCGAUACCUAGCUGUUGGAACUCGCACUGGGAUGGUUUUUGUUUGGGAUAUCCGAGCCCCGGCGGCCAAGUCUGGGGAGAUAAUCAACUCCAUCUCCACAUUGCGCACAAUCCAAACCGACUCCCCCCAGGUAUCUUCCUUGGCCAUCACAUCGUUGUACCUUGUUCAUGGCGGUAAUGAUGGCCUCGUGCAAGCCUGGGAUCCAUUAGCAUCGUCUACCAAGCCAAUCCGAACGAUCAACUCGCGUUUUUCAACACGAGCCCGCCGUCGGCUUGUGCAGGCUGAGUCGUCUUUCUUAGGUGUUGGAAACAAUUACUAUGCCGCAGGCGCUAUCUGCCUUGAUACAGACCCAACUGUUCUGCGUGGAAUGGUCUCACUUGGCACCCACUUGCGAUACUGGUCUUACAGCUCUUCCGAGGCUGAUCAAUACAAAAGCAGCAAGCGACGCCUUCGCCACUUAAUGCGUGGAAGCAACGGGGCUGGCGAAGGCCAGCGCUUCAACAACAGUGGUCGGGGUGCAAUCGAGGACUUUAUCCACGACGAACGCGUGGAUAUGGAGCGUCAAAGGAUUGCCGACGAGAAAGAACGAGCACAUCUGAGUGCGCGUUUCGGAAUUGAUCUUCUUGGUCCGGAUAUCGACGAGGAACAGCUUUUGUUGUAUGCCCAACUUCUGAGCGAGGAAGCCUGCUCUGGCGAUGCGGCGAAACCUAGAGACAGCGCCGCGGUCUCCAGCUCGGCCACGAGCGCUUCAUUCGACACUGCUGGUCCUAGUUCAUUUGGCCCUGGCGGGAUUUCAUCCUCUUCGUCUCCUUAUCAAGAUCCCGCGGACGAUGAUGUUGACGAUGAACUUGCCGAAGCAAUUCGCCUUAGCCUGCUUGAUGAGCAACAAACAUCGUCUAUCCCUAUCAAGUAUGCCAAGGGAGUACGCCCACCUCGACAGCCAUCCCCUGGAGCAGAGGAGCCGGAGAGCAGUAGACAGCAAGAGAUGGAUGAUUUAGAGUUUGCGAUUCAGCUCAGCUUGGCUGAGGGCAAGAGUCGCGAGGAUGGUGAGAAGGAGUGGGAAGAAUUCCCAUCCCUCACACAAGGGCCAACGCCUGUCUCAUCGUCAUCCAAGGACAAAGGGAAAGCGAGGGCCAUUUAG